UACUAUUUGAAUGUUUAGUUUUUAUACUGUUGUGUGUUUUUAAUUAUAUUAUAUUCAAAACAAAGUUUGUUUGAUGAGAGAAAUGAAACCAUAUCAAUCAAAUCGAAUAAUACGAAGCAUCUUAGUUUUGUCCAUCAUCAAAGUCUACUCUCAAAAAGAAAACUCCUCCAUUAGACAAAGAUCUAACAGAGAAAUUUGUUUUAAACUGAAUUUGUUUUGAAUCACGAUAAAAUCUCGUACGUUAAUGAUAUUCUUAUCGGUUUCGAAUUUUCUGACAUUGCUGCAUGUAAUUACUCGUGUAUCUCGAUUUCGAACCAACUAGCACAUAAGUUCCAUAAAACUUACGAUCUUAUUUUAAAUCGUUCAAAUUUCAAAACCGACGCCUAAUUCGCGGCGCUCUGUUUUCUUGCCGCAGGAAACGAAUUGGAAGGCUACAACGCUUUGUGGAUGUUGGAGAGGAAAACCCACAGCGUCGGUCAGGAAUCGGACGAAUCGUAUUUGCUUGCCAAAACAUCCGAUCCCUUAGAAAUUACUCACGAGUAUUCGGUAGCCUCGCAAUACAGCGGAAACUCAUACGAAUCGAUACUCAAUCAGCACGUUUGCCCCGAUUGCGGGAAAAAGUACAAGUGGUACGACAGCCUGAAAAGACAUCAGAGAGUGGAUUGCGGCAAUAAGGAGAAGAAAUUUACCUGUCCAGUGUGCGAUCGAAAAUUCAAGUACCGAUACGAAUUACGGAACCACAUCAUGGCGCAUCAUGGUGUUACCUUCCUUCCCGCGGAUAUGGUCAACGAGGUUUCUAAAUUUGUGAAUUAAAAAAAAAAAAAAAAACUGCAAUCUCGACGCAUUUCCUCUAAUGUGAUCUCAUCCGAAUUUCUCUGGUUGCAAAAUAUACAAAUAUAAAAGUGUUGAUCAAUUAGUAAAGUGUGACUCUUAAUUUAUCACGAGAUUCCAUUAACGUUGAGAGAGAGAGAGAGAAAAAAUUUUAUUUUUUAUUAAUAAUUAUAAAGAAUUGUUAAAUUAUUUAUUUUUUUUUACUUAUAUUAGAUCUGACUUAACCGGUGUAACCGGUCGUUAGUUUUCUACUAUCUUUUUUUACCAUAUUAUUAUAUUACGAAGU